UGUGGUGGUGUAAGCAACUCGGGUGCCACAUAAGAGUACGUCUAUGACCGUUCUUCUUCCUCUGCCACCUUGUUAUUGGCCCUCUCACCCAGUGCCUUGUAACCCCGUCACCUGUGGCCUCACGCCGUCACACAGCAUCAGCCAUAACACCACCAGACUGCGUCAUUUGAGAGAGGUCGUAUAGUGACAGGCCAUCCAACACCAGCACACCAGUGUAGCGUGAGUGGUGGUGAUGGUGGUGGUGGCGCUGACCGCACUCUGCUGAUACCCCUUAUCUUCGCCAGUGCGGGCUUUCCCUGCCACUGUAUUGGUGAUCGCUACCAGUCGUGUGCCAAGCUGGGCCGACCCCGUCCGCUGCUCAACGCUCUCCUGCCGCACCUUAAUGAAUAGACGGUCACAGGGGUAACACACUCAGGACUCUUAUAAAAACUUCCCCUGGAACUAAUUGUUUUCGUGUUGAACUACAAUAUACGUAAUAGACUGUUGUUUAUAGUGUGUUGGGGACAUUAUUACUUGAAACAAGAGAAUAACAAUACUUGAGUGUUCACGUAAUGGCUGCCACCUUCAGCUGCAGAUGACCCGCGGUCUCCACACACUGAGCGCCCCUACGCCAUGACCUGCAUCUGUGAGUACACCUGGCGGGCUGUGUGUGCCGUCAAGGACGCCAUCACUGCCCCCUGCACCUCAGGAGACGACGACCAGCCUCUCGCCGCGUCUUCUAACAACUCCAACAUCUCCAUCGCUUCAUCCAACCUCGUCUUAGAGGAGAAUGUAAUCGAUGGUGACCUGGGCCUCAGAAAUCCAGGUUUCGAAAAUGACUCCUUCACCAACAGCUUGGAGAAGGGCGCGGCAUCAUGGCGUCCAGUGUUACAGUUCCACGACCCCGUCACCAACGAGCCUCACACCGACAGUGGUCACUGGAACAACCCGGGUUUCUUCACCGACGUGGACCUCGGAGAUGGUCCAUCAGUAGACGAAGUGGACGCCGUUGGUGUGAACAUUUCUGGUGGCCGACGGACAGACUCCCACAGUACGACGCGGGAGUCUGGCUACGGACGCUCCCUGGACGACAGCAACGGCUCCAACUCCCCGGAACCUUCUGUCAGCGUCGCCUUCAAAGCCCCCCCAAACCCCGGCGUGUUCAAAGUGGUGGUGCAGAACGAGUUGAUGUGCUGGUUCGUGCUGCGUCGCUACCAAGAGUUCCUGACGCUGCAGGAGAUCAUCAAGGCCAAGGUGCGUGACGCGGGGAUGAGUCUGCCGCCCCAGGAGUUAGCUGAGCGAUACGAUCUCAACAACUUCAUCCAGGCCAUCAUGAUUGACCCGAGAAUCGUCACGUUAGCUGAAGUUCGGGAGUUCCUACAGCUAGAUCGCUUCAGGGCGUCGACGAGUAGUAGCAGCGGGUCGAGCAGCACACCCUCCACCCCUUCCGUCCUCCUAGACCCUCGCCUCCUAUUGCCCCCCGGCGCCCCAGCCCCCGCCAGGAAGCCGCUCGCUACCAAGACUAAAACUCAAGAUAAAGAUAAAGAUAAAGAAAAAUCGGCCGGUUUCGUCAAGACCCACAAGUCACAGAGCAGCAUCGACCUCGGCUGUACUAAAAAGUCGUUGACGCCGCAUGACUUCGAGUUCCUGAGUGUGGUGGGGAAGGGCAGCUUCGGGCGGGUCAUGUUGGCCAGGUACCUCGACGACGACAAAGUCUACGCCGUCAAGGUACUAAACAAAAAACUGAUCGUGAGAAGAAACGAGACGGCACACGUGUUAAGCGAGAGGUCUGUGUUGAUCAAGAUGCUCAACCAUCCUUACCUGGUACAGCUCCACUUCGCCUUCACCACCGCCCACAAGAUAUUCUUCGUCCUGGACUACAUCAACGGCGGUGAGUUGUUCUUCCACCUACAACGAGAGAGGGUGUUCACGGAGGCGAGGGCAAGGUUCUACGCGGCUGAGAUCUGCUGCGCCCUCUCUUACAUGCACAGCCAGGGGAUCGUGUACCGAGACCUCAAGCCAGAGAACAUCCUGCUGGACGCUCAGGGCCACGUCGUGCUCACAGACUUCGGGCUGUGUAAAGAAGGGCUCCAGAAUUCCUCCUCCAAGACCGCCACCUUCUGCGGGACUCCGGAGUACCUCGCCCCGGAGAUUCUCAAGAAACAGCCGUACUCUCGGGCCGUGGACUGGUGGACGCUGGGCGCUGUGCUCUACGAGAUGUUGUACGGGCUGCCUCCCUUCUACUCCCGCGACACCCCCACCAUGUACGACGCUAUACUCAACAAGCCCCUCAAACUGAAGAGCACCGUCACCCAGAAGGCCAGAGACAUACUGCAAGGGCUGCUGCAGAAGGACCCCAGAGACAGGUUGGGCGCCAGUAUCCGUGACGGCGACGAUGUCAAGAACCAAGACUUCUUCAAGGCCAUAAACUGGGACCUGGUGGCCAGGCGGGGGAUCGCGCCGCCCUUCAUCCCCACCGUGAACGGUCGGUCAGACACCAGCAACGUGGACCCCAUGUUCACGAAGGAGGCGGUGAUGGGUCAGUCCCCAGCCUCCCCCAGCGGCCUCUCCGCCUCCGUCCAGGCCGUCGACCACGUCUUCCAGGGCUUCAGCUACGCCCCGCCCCUUGAAAUUGAAGCACGAUGAAGUACCUAACAUGGAGUGUUUGUGGUUCAGUGUACAGCGGCCUCCUGAGAGAAUCCCCGAAGCCCUGAGUGUAUCCCCUGAGAGUGUCCUGAGGUCCUAGGUGCGUCCCGACGUCAACAAGCAACGACACAAUGUAAGCCACUUGAGGUCUCAGCUCUCAGGAUCCCUCAACAUAGUCCAUCGCGUGGCAGCUCACCGUGACACCGAGACGACAGUGUUAUAUACCAUAGUGGGUCAGAGGCAGCAAAGGACACAGCGAACAUGUUUUAAGAAGACACUCACGAGACACUUAAUAAAAUAUAAUGUUUACUGAAGCUCUCGACGACAUUUCUUAAAGGAAAAUUCAAAAAUAGUAUUCGAGGUGUUCACAGACUUAGCGUGUACUUAAGUGAUGCCAAGUGCUGGGAGAAGUGGCGAGAGUUUAGUGAGGGCGCAAAGUGGUGGUGGUGACGAGGCUCCUGAGUGUGGGAGGUGGUGGUGACGAGGCUCCUGAGUGUGGGAGGUGGUGA